UGUUCGAUGCUUUCGGCAAACCGUCUGCUGGUCUGAUGGCGGGAGUUCUGCAGAUGGAGGGAAACUACGACGAAUGCAUGUCUGUGAGGGCCAAGGUCAAGGCUGAUAGGGCGUCGGCCCAGGAGACGGGAAGUCGGGAGUUCGGAGCCCGCUACUGCAGGGUGGAGCUUAAAGCUCGAGAUUUUUACCUGGACCUUCCGGUAGACGCCAACAAGUACUGGACGGAGAAACAAAGUUUCCACCUGAGCUACAACUGGGGCGUGUGUUUACCUGACUCCUGCUACAGAGACGAUCUGCUAACCUUUCUAACCACAGGUGCAAUGCGUGCAUUUAAUUUGAAUGUCGACAAUGUCAUCUGCUUCAACGAGCCGACACUCCCCGAAGACGCGGGUGCUUUAGUUACUGUCAUAAUCUUAGCUUGUUUCCUGAUCGUGAUCUCGUCCUUCACCUUGAUCGAUGUCUACUACGUGUAUGCACCCUACUGGAACCACAGAGGAACGAAACACGUCAGAGAGAGGAGUACUGAUGGAAUCUGUUUGCAAUCUUUUCAUAACGUUGCCUUUGAAGUGGAAGUUCCGGCCCCAGAUGAAAGUAAAACCGGAAGUAGCUCUGACGACACUUCCGGUAGUUUGCAGACGGUGAGUGUGGUCAGUGAGAACGACGGUGGUCAUGUCGAUGUGGAGGAGAUCAGGGAAAAAGUCGCGGUCAGUCAGGAGGUUCCAGAGCCGACCAAACCGGAAGGAACUAGCGGCGACACCAACGGCACCGUGGAAGCAAACGUGAACGGCAAAUGUGAAGGUCAAGUAAAUGCGCGUGAAAGUGAUGUGACGGAAAAACAGAACAGAGGAAAAAUUUAG